CGCCUGUCGGCCUAGCUUUGGCCGCUCGCUCUGGCCGGGUUCCGGCCAUUGCCAGGGACCUCGCUCCUAUGGCUCAGGUCUGGCGUCGUGUUGUUUGGCUUCGCCUUGAAUCUGCCCGUCCUUGAGCCCCAGUCCAGGGUGCCGACCGAUCUCCCAGCCCGUGAUCAAUAGGUCCUCCGACCUUUCGCCCGUGCUGCCAACCAUCGGCCCGCCCCCUGGGGCCAGCUCCGCCCGUCUCCGGAUUGGCUUGGACGCGGAUGUCACCCCCGUGCAGCGACUCGGACCCAGGGAUCAUCCAAUUCCCCAGCCGGUAGACCGCGCACGGGCGGCAUCCGCUUUUGUCCCGCCUCCCCCGACGUUAGCAGCUGGCUUCAAUGCCCUGGACUCGGACCCGAACUUCGGCUCAUCAUCGGAACCCCCUUCUCGGGUGCCACCUCGUCCGUUGACGCACCACGCAACCCGCCCCCCUGGGAUAGUGGUAACCCGUGUAUCUUCUACCUUCUUUACCCUCAGUUCCAGUUCCUUUUGGCUGAUGAGCUAACUCUUAUCCUUCUUUCCGUAGGUCCGGCUUUAUUCGUCCGCCUGCCGCAGUCUGCUGCUUAGUUUUACAGCCUUUGCCGAUUUUAGUUGUAAGAGGAUUCCGGGUGGCCUUGUCCUGCGUGGCAUUAAGUUGGGCCGCCCGUUCCUGCCCUUGUGGACGAUUCCUGUCCUGCGUGACACGAGUGGUUCUUAGUUUUACUGAACCUUAGUUGUAAGAGUAUCCUGUACGAGCUUGUCCUGCGUGGCAUCCUCUUGAGACUCUCCUUUCUGCCCCUGCCGCUAGUCUCUGUCUUUCGUGCCCCGUCCAUCCUUCUCCGCAUGCCUCGCCCGUUGCCCCUCCUUGUGUGUCGGCUACGCUUCGGUUCCAGGGCUUGUUUUAGGGGUUCCCUCACCGGGCUGUGGCCUCAGGUCCCCUAUAUGGGCGGUCCGCGUCCGUUUCUCGUUGUCCUUUCUCAAUUUACAGAUGACCGGGGACACGAAAUCCAUUAUGGUGUAGGGACCGUCAUACUUCGGGGCCAGUUUUGCAGCAAACCCUCCGGCCGCGUUGGAUAGAUGGUUUUGCUGGGCCCAUACCUUGUCUCCAAUCGUGGGUUUCCAUGCUCUCCUCCUCAGGUUAUAAUACCUCGCCUGGUCCUGCGCCGCCCUUUCGAGAUUCCGCCUCACCAGUUGAAAUAAUUCUCUCAACUUGGCCGCGUUCUCGUCCGGUGUGUGCGUGCCCUGUCCUGUGCCAAGCACUUCUUCAUCGUAUAGAGCCUUUGGUAGCCUUGGCUCUCUCUCUUGGACAAUAAACGCCGGCGAGUACCCGGUGGAUUCGGUCACCCCUGAAUUUACGGCCAACAUUAUCUCUGGCCAUUUCUCAUCCCAGUUCCUCUGGUUCCCUUCGCUGAACUGAGCUAUCAUCGUUUUCACUGUCCGGUUAGUUCGCUCCGUCGGGUUCUCCUGCGGAAUGUACGGGGCCGUGAACUGAUGCCGUACGCCCAUCUGCUCCACAAACCUCUUAAAAACUAUACUGGUGAACUGGACUCCAUUAUCCGUGAUCACAUCCCACAUUGUGCUGCCACGGAGCUAUGAUAUGGCGUACAAGCGGUUGGUCAACGUCGAGAAGAAGAUGAAGCGCAACGGGUCGUUCGCGCAGGAAUACACCAGGAUCAUAAGGAUUACGUGUCUAAAGGAUACGCUCGACGUCUGGAGCCUAACGAGGGUAACGAGCCGAACAAGCCGGAGAAGGUGCUGUUGGAGUCUGUGGCGACAUCAAGGAGAUGUUCCAUCAGGUCCUGAUCCAACCCGAAGACAGAUGUUCCCAACGGUUUCUGUGGAGAGAUGGCGAUGACAGAAGAGAUCCUGACAUCUACACGAUGAUCGUAAUGACCUUUGGAGCAGCCUGCUCGCCAAGCGCUGCGCAUUACGUGAAGACUGUGAAUGCUGAACAGUCUCGACAUUCGGAGCCAAGAGCAGUCAAGGCCAUCAUCGAAUGUCAUUAUGUGGAUGACUAUGUGGACAGCUUUGCUACCGAGAGCGAAGCCAUCAGCGUAUUUACCCGAGUGAAGGAGAUACAUGCGAACGCUGGAUUUGAGCUGUGCCAGUUUUCAUACAGCUCACCAAUUGUGGAGACGGCAUUGGGCCCACCAGGACGAAGCGUGAGCGUCGGAUGGAAUGAGGCUGAACAGAAGAUUCUCGGAAUGUGUUGGCAGGCAGCCACAGACGAUUUCAGGUUCACUGUGAAGUAUCAUCGAGUUCCACGCAGCGUAUUGAACGGCGAUCGAGUCCCUACCAAGAGAGAGAAUUUGAGCUUGGUCAUGUCCACGUUCGAUCCCCUGGGAUUCCUGUGUUGCCUUAUGAUAACAGCGAAGGUGCUGCUACGAGAGAUUUGGAGGCAGAAGAUCCAGUGGGAUGAACCACUUCCGGACGAGAUACACAAGGCCUUUGUGAACUGGCGCAAGGAAAUGGACGCCGUGGGACAGUUCCGAUGUCCUCGCCAUUACUUCGGGCGUGGACUCGUGAGGGCUAUAGAAAUGCACGUCUUCGUGGAUGCAAGUCAGUCUGCAUUCGCGGCAGUGGCCUACUGGAGGGUCACCUAUGAGUAUGACGACGUGCUGGUGAGCUUCGUAUGUGCCAAAACGAAGUGCGCGCCGAUGAGAACAAUGUCAAUCCCACGGUUGGAGCUGCAGGCAGCAGUUCUAGGAACCAGGCUGAUGGACACUGUCAAGAGGGAACACAGAGGGACUCAAAGACGGUGCUAAGAUGGAUCGGCAGCACCCACCAACGAUAUAAGCAGUUCGUCGGCAAUCGGGUGGCAGAAAUCUUUGAGUCGACGAAGGUAGCCUAAUGGAGAUGGGUACCAACAGCCGACAAUGCGGCGGAUGAUGCGACGCGUUCGCAAUGCCGCGUGGACCUCAGUCAGAAGUCACGUUGGCUAGGCGGACCAGCAUUUUUGAGGCAGCCGGCGGGCAGCUGGCCGCAGCCUGAAGCCGGAUUUGAACGAGUUCCGGAUGAUAACGACGAAGAGGAGAUGCCAAGACUACAGCCUGGGUCCUAAGGUUCACGCGCUGGUGCCGUGGACAAAGAAGCGCGCUUGAGAACUACGGCCUCACUGCAGCAGAGUGUGAACCCGCGGAGAAUCUGUUGGUCAGACAGGCACAACGUGAGACGUUUCCGAACGAGAUGCGGUCGACAGAAGACGGCAAGACGGUCGCCAGUGGAAGCGACAUUCGAGGACUGGCGCCAUACAUAGAUGGCCAUGGAGUUCUGCGAGCAUACGGCAGAGUGGAUGCCGCAUUGUGUAUGCCAUACAGUGCGAGGAGGCCAAUAGUCCUGUCACACAAGUACAGUCUUACGGAGAUGAUUGUGCAUCAUUUCCACGCCAAGAUGAAGCAUCAAAACGUGGAUGCUACGAUUGCGGAGAUCCGAACAAGGUUCUGGAUUACGAAGCUGAGACGCGUACUACGGAUGACGAUCUCAGCAUGCAACGUGUGCAAGUUGCAUCGGGCGCGGGCAGCGCCGCCAAUAAUGGGACCGCUGCCGAAGGAUCGCCUGGAGGCCAAUGGCUGGCCGCUUAAGAAUACCGGACUGGAUUACUUUGGACCACUAUUGGUGAAAGUAUCGCGGCACACGGAGAAGCGCUGGGUCGCCCUUUUCACGUGCCUGACGACCAGGGCGAUACAUCUGGAGUUGGCACAUGACCUGUCAACUGAUUCCUGUAUAAUUGCGAUACGGAACUUCGUCUGCCGUCGAGGCCCAGUACAUAGACUGCGCACUGACAACGGCAAGAACUUCAUAGGAGCUGACAGGGAAGCCAGACGAUUUGGCGACGUGUUCGAAUCAGAAAGGAUUCAGAGUGAGCUAUCUGGCCGAGGCAUCGAGUGGGUUUUCAAUUGCCCAGUGAAUCCAUCUGAAGGAGGAGUCUGGGAACGAAUGGUGCAGUGCGUGAAGAAGGUUCUGCGCUACACAUUGAAGGAGAUAGCGCCGAGGGAUCACGUACUGGUGAGUUUUCUGAUCGAAGCAGAGAACAAUGUGAAUUCGCGUCCGCUCACCCACUUGCCGGUGGAUGCGGAACAAGAAGCCCCCCUGACGCCAAAUGAUCUGCUCAGAGGAGUAGCUAACCUGCCGGACACGCCUGGCGACGAUCUGGAGCUGCCCAAGGAGUGCGCUACAGGCAAGCAGUGGCGUAUAGCGCGACUAAUGAGGGACCGUUUCUGAAAGAGGUGGGUCUUGGAGAACCUGCCUACACUUGUGCGCCGAGAGAAAUGGUGCCAGAGGACGGAGCCGAUUCGCCAGGGUGACAUGGUCUUCAUCUGCGAUCCAGCCUUGCCCCGAAGAGAGUGGAGCAAGGGCAUCGUGGAAGCCGUUUACAAAGGAGUCGAUGGAGUCAUCAGACGCGCUAGUAUGCGCGUGAAUGACAGCGACCAAUCCCGGAUUAUGAUGCGUCCCGUCUCCAAACUUGCGGUUUUGGAUUUGAGUGAAGCGGUUCUUCACGGGGUCGGGGAUGUCGACGGUCGCUAGUUGACCGCGAUAGGCGAGCUAGUAUUAGAUCUAGUAUUUAAUGUAUAUCGAUAGAAGGUGAAUUUCCAGCCACGAAUGAACGGGCAUAUUUUUCGGCUACCACGAGGUGCUGCCAUAAUUUUAAGCUUCACUUUACUGUCGAGAGGUUAAAGCAGGAGGACAUACUGCGGUAAGAUUAUUUGGCAACAUUGUGCUAGGCUAUGACCGAUGUACUUUAUAAAAUAAAAC